CAGGGAGAAUCAAUGGUCUGCGCCGACCAGUCACCAAAACUCGCGCCCCGUGCGUCGUCAAGUUAGCAACAGCAGUUACGCAGCAAGGCCACACUGGCGUGAGACCGGCGCCAAGAGUACAGAGUGAUCUUCGUAAGCCUUCUACGAUCAGUACCUUCCUAUCCCGCCUAGCCCGUCCAAUUAGCACGAGCACGAUGCACGGAGCAGGCGACGCAAGCAGCUUGAAAACCGGCCUGAUCGACUUCGUAGCCGGGUGUUUAGGUGGAGUGGCACUGGUAUACGUCAGCCAGCCAAUGGACACGGUGAAGGUGAAGAUGCAGACUUUUCCCGGACUGUACCGGGGGAUGGUCGACUGCACGGUGCAAACGUUCCGGCGUGACGGUGUGGUGCGUGGUUUGUACGCCGGCUGCAUACCGGCCGUCGUGGCGAAUGUGGCCGAAAAUUCAGUAUUAUUUGCGGCGUACGGUGCGUGCCAGAAGGUGGUGGGGUACGUUGCGCGCAAACAAACCAUCACGGAGCUGAACAUGGUGGAGAACGCAACCGCUGGCUUUCUGGCGGCCUUCUUCUCCUCGUUCACGCUCUGCCCGACCGAGCUAAUCAAGUGUAAGCUGCAGGCGUUGCGCGAAACGCAAUCACAGGAGCACUUGUCCCGGGCAAGCACUGGCCGGCCCACCAUAUCCUCGUACGCGCUCGUUAGUCAGAUUCUGCGUUCCGAGGGUAUUCCGGGGAUGUUCCGGGGCCUUUCAUCGACGUUUGCGCGUGAAAUGCCCGGCUACUUCUUCUUCUUCGGUGGCUACGAGGGAACGCGCGAGCUGCUUGCGAAACCUGGGCAAUCGAAGGAGGAUAUCGGACCACUUCGCACGAUGGUAGCUGGUUCGGUAGGCGGGAUCGCCCUCUGGACCAUUAUCUUCCCGGCCGACGUGAUCAAAAGCCGUAUCCAGGUGCACAGCAUGCGAGCGAGCAUGACAAGCGUUGCUAUCUCCAUCUUCCGGAACGAGGGUCUGCCCGCGUUUUACAACGGUCUAGUGCCGACCAUUUGGCGAACCAUUCCUGCCACUGCCGUCCUGUUCGUCGUAUACGAGUACACGAAAAAGGCGCUUAGCAAACUGCUCGAUUGACGGCACGGUCCCGCUAGCAGAUGCUGUGGCCACGUUAGAGCAAUUAAAUCAAAUCUCACAGGUUGUCGCCAACAGGUGGCUGAAAUCAUGUGCGAUUGGCGUUUUUGUUUUCGUCUCGUGUAUUCAUAGUACUUCGCCAGAGACAGAGCCGUAUCUUUGUCAUCUUAAAGUUCUGGAGCUAUGCUCUGGCACUGAUUAAAGGUUCGUUCUGUCGGCUUCUGCAUUGGGCUUCAGAGAUCGGCUACGGAGGACGGAUCUCGCAUGCCGGUGGCUCCCCGAUGCCGGUUGUUUUGAUGCCUCCGUCGCGCCGUUCGCUGUUCGGCCGCAACUUCUCCGGACACGGCUUCAGCCGCGAUGGAUGGGUGAAACUGUAAACAUUUUAUCGAGAACGUAUCUUUGUCAGCUCGAAA